GUGGUUCGAAAGGAAACGGGGGCAGCGAUGGGCGCAUGAGGAGAGAGAGAGAGGGGGCUUCAGUGUGUGUGAAAGUGAUGCGAGUUUAUUCGGGGUGAUAAAAGUAUUUAUUUUGUAAAGUCUGAGAUUUCAGGUGCAGUUCGGUUAAGGGGACUGGGAAUCACCCGUGCGUAAAGAUACAUUUGGCACCUGUGUUGGAUCAUCAUGUGGCGGUGCUGGCUUAUGGUGCUGGUGGGCGCUGCGGGUGUGAGCGCACAGUUCCCCAGAGAGUGUGUGACACCUGAGGGGCUCAGGAGUGGACAGUGCUGCCCUUCGUCCCCCGGGUUUCCUAACGACCCGUGUGGUUCCAGCGCGGGGCGCGGACAAUGCGUUUCCAUCGCGACGGACGCGCGCCCUCACGGGCCCCAAUACCCGCACGACGGGCGUGACGAUCGGGAGCGGUGGCCCAUCCGUUUUUUCAACCGCACCUGCCAAUGUAACGGGAACUUCAGUGGCUUUAGCUGCGGCCGCUGCAAACACGGGUGGGCCGGUGCCAACUGCGACCAGCGGAUUCCUGUGGUGAGGAGAAACGUGAUGCAGCUCAGUGCAGCGGAAAAGCGCGCGUUCGUGGACGCGCUGGACCGCGCCAAGCGCACGGUGCACCCAGACUUGGUGAUAGCCACGCGCCACUACUCGGACAUCUUCGGGCCCGACGGAAACACCACGCAGUUCCAAGACAUCACCAUCUACAACUACUUCGUGUGGUCCCACUAUUACUCUGUCAGCAAAACGUUCCUCGGCCCGGGGCAGGCCAGCUUCGGGGGGGUGGACUUCUCACACGAGGGCCCCGGCUUCGUCACCUGGCACAGGUAUCACCUGCUGCAGUUGGAGCGGGACAUGCAGGACAUGCUGCAAGACCCCUCCUUCGCCCUGCCCUAUUGGAACUUUGCCAUCGGUGGAAACACCUGUGACAUCUGCACAGAUGACCUGAUGGGAGCCAGGAGCAGUUUUGACAUGAAUUCCCUGAGCGCCAACUCCAUUUUCUCGCAGUGGAGGGUCGUCUGUGAAAGUGUAGAGGACUACGACACGCUAGGGACCAUUUGCAACAGUACAGAAACGUCUCCCAUCAGAAGAAACCCAGCAGGAAAUGUGAACAGACCCAUGGUCCAGCGUCUCCCAGAACCCCAGGAUGUUGCAGACUGUUUAAAAGUCAACACCUUUGACACACCACCCUUCUACUCCACCUCCUCUGAAAGCUUCAGGAACACCAUCGAAGGUUAUAGCGCCCCCAAGGGGAACUACGACCCCAUCGUGAGGAGCCUUCACAACCUGGCUCAUUUGUUUCUGAAUGGAACCGGAGGUCAGACUCACCUUUCCCCCAAUGACCCAAUCUUUGUCCUCCUCCAUACCUACACCGACGCCAUAUUUGACGAAUGGUUGAGACGACAUGGUCCAGAUUCAGCUGCAUAUCCUGAGGAAAAUGCCCCAAUUGGUCAUAACAGGGGCUACAACAUGGUACCCUUCUGGCCACCUGUGACCAAUUCCGAGAUGUUUGUGACUGCACCUGAAAAUCUUGGCUACUCAUAUGAAGCCCAGUGGCCAGAUCAACCUUUUACUUUGACUGAAGUCAUAACCAUGUCAAUAGUUGCCGCCCUUGUGAUCGUGGCAAUCGUUUUCGCUGCCACUACGUGCUUCGUCCGUGGCAGGUCCAAGAUGGAGGGCCACCAGCCUCUGCUCGGGGAUCAGUACCAGCGUUACGAUGAUGACAAAAGCCAGUCAGUGGUCUAACAAGGCUGCUCCCACACAACCUCCACUUAUGUGCCUGAACUUACACAGGAAUUCAACUGUUAUUCUAACAGAAGUCAUUUUGAAGAAUAAACAUCUCUAAAGUUAA